UCUGUUCUUCACAAGUAUUAUCAGCCAGGAGACCUUAUCGUCGGUGGCAUUAUUUCUCAGAUCUAUAUGUUCUCCGAUGCAAUCACCUUUCAAAACUACCCUUUUCAUGAACUCUUUGACGAUCCCAUCCGGUUCAGUGCAAACAAUGCCUAUCUGGCCUCCAUGGAACUUCUCUCCACACGGGGAAAAUUCAUCCCUAACUAUAAGUGUGACACCCAGAACAAUCUGGUCACUGUCAUUGGAGGGCCUAAUUUUGAUAUCUGCCUCCAUAUGGCAACUAUUCUAUCUACCUACAAGAUUCCUCAGUUUAUAUAUGGUUCUGCACCAGCAUGGAACAGCAAAGAUCACGGAGGCUUCUUCUAUCCAAUGUUCCCAAAUGGGGCCCUUCAGUAUGAGGGCAUAUGUCGGUUAUUGUUGCUUUUUGAGUGGACGUGGAUCGGUGUCCUUUACUUGGAUGAUGACAACGGAGAAAAAUUUGCACAGAAUGUGCUCCCCAUGUUUCCCCAAUGGGGUAUCUGCAUUGACUUCAUAGACAAAUUCCCAGGAGGAAUUUUUUCCGGUGAUAUAACUGUCUUAGCAGAAGGGGAGUUAAAAAAAUACAAAGCUAUCCUGCGAAGCACGGCCAAUGCAGUUGUCGUGCAUGGUGAAGUUCAGACCAUGAUAAUGUUGAGAAUGUUGCUACAGAUUCCAGAAUCUGAGGAGGUGCCGAUCAUGACAAAAGUCUGGAUUUUGACAGUGCAGAUGGAUUUUGCAUCACUUGCUUUUCAAAGAAAUUGGGACAUACAGUUCCUCCAUGGUGCUCUGUCCUUCGCAGUUCAUUUCAAAGAGCCAUUAGGAUUCAGGGAAUUUCUUCAUAUGAGAAAUCCCGUUUCAGCAAAAGAAGACAGUUUUAUCAAUGUCUUCUGGGAGCAGGUAUUUGCAUGUUCAUUCCCCAACUCCGCAGGAGAGAAGAAGUACCAAAACACCUGCACCGGGCGGGAGAAGCUAGAGACUCUACCUAGUUCAGUUUUUGAACUGAUCAUGACUAGUCAUAGCCACAACAUCUACAAUGCAAUUUAUGCCGUGUCACAAGCUUUGCAUGCCAUGAAUUCAUUCUCAACCAGACAUAGAGGAAUGAUGGCCGGAGACCGAUGGAAGCUUCCAAACCUGUGGCAGCUCCAUCAUAUUCUGAGAAGCAUCCCAUUUAACAACAGCUUGGAGGAAAAGAUUUCCUUUGACCAAAAUGGGGAGUUGUUAUCUGGAUUUGAUAUUAUCAACUGGGUCACAUUCCCAAACCGGUCCUUUCUUAGAGCCAGAGUUGGAAGAAUAGAACCAAAAACUUCACCAGAAAGAGUGUUCACCAUCUAUGAAGACGCCAUCAUAUGGCCCCACUUGUUUAACCAGACACGGCCUCUUUCUCUGUGCAAUGACAAAUGCCAUUUGGGUUAUCGUAAAACAAAGAAGGAGGGGAAGCCAUUUUGCUGCUAUGAUUGCCAUCCAUGCCCCCAAGGGAAGAUUUCAAACCAAAAAGACAUGGACGACUGUUUUCCGUGCCCAGAAGGUCAGUAUCCAAAUGAUAAGCAGGACUCAUGCAUUUCCAAAACUAUAAGCUACUUGUCUUACGAAGAACCUUUGGGGAUAAGCCUGGCUAUUUCUGCCCUUUCUCUUUGUUUCAUCACAGUUUGGGUGCUUGGAAUCUUCAUCAAGCACCAGGAUACUCCUAUAGUUAAAGCCAACAACAGGAACCUCACCUACCUCCUGCUAAUCUCCCUCCUCCUCUCCUUCCUCUGUGUUCUUCUAUUCAUUGGUCAACCUGAAAAGCUAACAUGUCUCCUUCGACAAAGUGUUUUUGGCAUCAUCUUCUCAGUAGCUGUUUCAUGUGUUUUGGCCAAAACCAUCAUUGUUGUUCUGGCUUUCAUGGCCACCAAGCCAGGAUCCAGGAUGAGGAAAUGGGUGGGGAAGCAACUGGCCAAUUGCAUUGUUCUUUCCUGCUCCCUUGUCCAAGGCAUAAUUUGUACUUUGUGGCUGGCCACCUCUCCUCCAUUCCCAGAUUUUGACGUGAGCUCAGUGGUUGACAAAAUUGUAAUGGAGUGUAACGAAGGAUCAGUCACCAUGUUUUACUGUGUCCUGGGAUUCUUGGGAUUCAUGGCCAUAGUCAGCUUUAUUGUGGCUUUCCUAGCCAGGAAGUUACCAGACAGUUUUAAUGAGGCCAAGUUCAUCACCUUCAGCAUGUUGGUCUUCUGCAGUGUUUGGCUGUCCUUUGUCCCAACAUAUUUGAGCUCAAAAGGAAAAUACAUGGUGGCCGUGGAGAUCUUCUCCAUUUUAACCUCCAGUGCUGGGUUAUUGGUCUGCAUCUUUUCCCCUAAAUGCUAUAUCAUUAUACUCAGACCUAAACUUAACAGCAGAGGGCAACUAAUAAGGAGAAAGUGUUAA